AUGGAGCUCCAGAGUAUGCUAAUGGCUCAAGUAGCCGUAAUUCACGGACGGCUGGGACGGCAUCAGAUUGUGGACGCGAGCGGUAUGCCCAUUCUGGAUGAUCCGCAGUUUCUCGUCUACGAGCGUAGCACUGACACGCAUGUAGACGAAGUUCGCGGUCAACAUUCUCGGCUUAUCGGUCUAGGCUUCAUCAAAGCUUCAAUCCUUGUCUUUUACAAGAGCAUCUUCCAUGUUAAAUCCUUUCGGUGGGCGGUAUACAUUAUUCUAUGCAUUGUUAUAUGGUGGACCACCUCAUACGCAUUUGCGAGCCUUUUUACAUAUUGGCCGGCCACCGCCCUCAUUGAGCCAUUCUACGGAAAUAAGUGUAUCAGCGCUGUACCUAUGUGGCUUUCCGUCGUAUACAGGGACAUCCUCGUCGACGUCGGCAUAUUGAUAAUGCGGAUCCCAAUGGUCCUGAAACUCCAGUUGCCCUGGCCGCAGAAGCUGGGUGUUUUGGGGAUGUUGCUUCUUGGAGCCAGUAUUUGCGCUAUCCCCGUUACGCGGCUUAUCAUUCUGACGAAAAUCGCCGACGAGUUCAUUUUGCACUACAACGAUAUGACUUAUAUGCCCCUACGAAAGCAGUUUCAUAUAAUCACACACACUUACUCAAAGCUAGACUAUACCUUUCCGGUCUUCUUUUGGACCAAUAUCGAGCUCCCAGUAGCUGUCGUAUCCACUUGUCUGCCUACUCUUCGCCCGAUAUGGGCGUACCUUAAGUCGUCCACCGAAACCUUCCAAGGUUCAACCGGGCAUUUAUGGCGAUGCUUCCUACGAGCUUAA